AUGAAUGGCAGUGAGACUCGAGUUUUAAAGAAUAAUUCGAAGAAGAAAUUGUGUUUAGUAUCAAAGAGUGUAAUGGUUUUGGCUUCAGAAGAAGAGACGAAAUCUCAUCCUCAAGAAAUUUCUCGCAAAAGAAACGCAGAAGACGAUUUGAAAUCUACAAGGCCGGAUCAGGUACGAAACAAUAGUUGUAACAUGACUUCUGAAGGAUUGAAUUCAUCGCCGCCGCCGCCGUUGAGUAAUAAUGGAGAGGUUAAAGUAUCUACAAAGGCUUGGAAGAGACCUGCAAUAAUUUCUAUACCGAAAUCUCCAGUUUGUGAUUUUGAUGAUGUGGGUGAGGUUUUAGAUAAUAAGGAUUUUGAGGGUCAAGGUAGAGAUUUCUUUCUAGCUAGUAGAAGAGGAAGAAGACCAGUUAUGGAAGAUGGAUUUAGUGUUAUAACCGAUAUUUUGGGAGACCCUAAGCAGGUAUUUUUUGGUGUCUUUGAUGGACAUGGAGGCCGUGCAGCUGUAGAUUAUGCUACUGAAAAUUUAGGGAAGAAUAUUGUUGCAGCUAUUGGUGAAGUUGGUAAAGCAGAAGAUCAGAUAGAAAAAGCUAUUAGGAAAGGAUAUUUGACCACAGAUAAUGAUUUUCUAAGUAAGGGUCAAUGCAGUGGAGCAUGUGUAGCUACUGUGCUCUUGAAGGAUAGAGAAUUAUAUGUAGCAAAUGCUGGUGAUUGUAGAGUAGUACUGAGUAGGAAGGGAGUAGGGGAAGCAUUAACUAGUGACCACCGUCUUAAUAGAGAAGAUGAGCGCUCUCGAAUUGAGAACUUGGGUGGUUAUGUGAGUUGUCGCAAUGGAGUUUGGAGAGCUCAAGAUACAUUAGCAAUAUCUAGAUCAAUAGGAGACCAGAGUUUGAAGGAAUGGAUAAUAUCUGAACCAGAGAUUAAGAAACUUCAUUUAACAUCAGAUUGUGAAUUUUUGAUUGUGGCUUCAGAUGGAUUAUGGGAUAAGGUAAAUAAUCAGGAAGCAGUUGAUGUUGUCUUAAAGCACAAGAUCACCUUAGAAUCUUGCAAAAAAUUGGUAGAUAUAUCUUCUCGCCGGGGCAACAAGGACGAUGCGACGGUAAUGGUGAUCAAUCUUCAAAAUUUUUUGAGGGGAUGA